AUGUGCAGCCACUUUGUAAAAAGCGUCACGCUAAGGUGUGCCUUUAGAUGUUCCUCACUUAUAUGGCAUCAGACAAGAGGACGCUGCGCUCCUGCAACCAACUUGGAUCAGGGCAGGACAUUGUUGCAACUCUUCGUGGACAGACAUUUUAUCUCACCUGGACAUUCUAAUGUAGAACUCUUUAAUCGUGGGGUUAUUUGCAGUUACGGGCCACUGGGCACCGAGCUCAGGGAGAAUGUACUGCACCAAUGGUGGCGUUCGAUAACUGGAUCAAGAGAGCAGGUGUUUGGGAUAAACACGCCAAGCAGCAGGAACGUGAGUGCGGAUGCAGCAGGGGAGCGGUGGGGUCACCCGAGGGUCUUACAACCUGAAGAUUUCCAGGAAAAUUUGAAGGACACGGAGUUGAGUGGAGAGCAGCUUGCCCACAAUGUCCACAUGUUUCUGCAGAGAGCACCUCUGUUCAGAACCAACCUCAUUCAAGGAGCUUUAGAGCAGUUCGUCCCCUUGUUUGAGUUGGUGAACAGGAAGCUCCCAUUUGGUAUAGCUGAGACAGGAAGAUGUUUCCAACACUCAAAGGAUGGCUCUGGCUGCCCAGAUGAAACCACACAGGCCUCGCUUGUCUGGUUCUGCUCUCCUCGAACCUCUUCACAGUGGUUGGACCACUGGGUUCGACAGCGGCUCAGAUGGUGGAGAAAGUUCUCCCUCGCUCCAUCAGACUUCAGUAGCAGUGAUCUCCCUCAAGAAGAACUUGAGGGGCCAGUGUCACGUGGUGUGCAGAUCUUCUACAAGUUCCCGUGGGGUCAGGAACCUUUGGAGUUUGUGAGCAGCCGAGGAGAUGGAGAACUGUUACAGAUGCACAGAGGGGCUCGUUCCAAACUCCAGAGCCGAGACGGGCGCAAGUCAAUUCCUCACGUACUUUCAAUAACUGGGAACAUCGAUCGUGGUUUGUUGGCCUUUCUGUCCAACUCGCUGCAGCUGCACAAGAGAGAAGACGCCAAACAGAAUCUCCAGCAGAGAAAGGUUCUGAAAUUGCAUCCGUUGUUGGCUCCAGUCAAAGUGGCAAUAGGUAUUGGCAGGGGAGCCACCAUGGAGCUGAGGCAGGUUUGUGAAGGCCUGCUGCAGGAGUUAAAGGAGGCCAAAAUCUCCGCUUGGCCCGGAUAUCUUGAAACAUCACCCACCCCAAUGGAGCAGCUCAACUCUAAGUAUGAUGAAAUGGGCGUGCUUUUCACUGUGGUGAUCAGUGAAAACACGCUGGAGAGCGGCCUUGUCCAGUUGCGCAGCCGAGACACCACCAUCAAGGAGACCAUGCAUAUCUCGGAACUCAGCAACUUCCUCUGCAGAUAUAUUUCUGCUGCAGACAACAUGUAA